AUGGCGGGGCGAGUUGGGAGGGAUUGUCCCGCCCCCGUGAGGUUCAGCCAAUGGGAGAUCGGGGCGGGCGCGGGGGCAGCCAAUGGGAGCGCGGGGAGAGGACCGGCGCCGCCGCCGCGGGGGGGCCCGGAGGGGUCCCCGGGGGGUCCCGGUGCCGCCGGCCCUCGCUCGCCCCCCCCCCCGCCCCCCCCCGCGCCUCCGCUGCUGCGUCACGGCCCCGCCGCCGCCGCCGCCGCUCGCAGCGGCCGCUCGGGGUCCGCGCUGGGGGGGCCGCGACCCCCCCCGGGACCGGCAGGAGAGCCUCGGGACCCCCCCGCUGCCGGGUGGAGGCCACCGAGGGGGGGGGGGGCGCCCCCCCAGAGCCCCCCGAAGCCCCCCCAGAUCGGGGAGGGGCAGGACGUGCUGGCCCGCUGGACAGACGGACUGCUCUACCUGGGCGUGGUCAAGAAGGUGGACGCCUCCCGCCGGGGCUGUUUGAUCCAGUUCGAGGACAAUUCCCAGUUUUUCGUUCUCUGGAAAGACAUCAGCCCGGCCGCCGUGCCCGGGGACGACCCCUCGUGCUGCGUCUGCGCCGGGAAUUCCCGAAAUCCCGACAAUUCCCUGGUCCGCUGCGGGAAGUGCGGCCACGCCUACCACCAGCGCUGCCACGUGCCCCCGCCCCCCGGCGGCGCCGCCCCCUGGAGCUGCCGCCGCUGCGUCUUCGCCGUGGCCACCAAGCGGGGCGGGGCGCUCCGGCGGGGCCCGCAGGCGCGGGCGAUGCUGCGGAUGAAGUCGGUGCUGCCGUACGCGCUCGGAGCGCUGGACUGGGACCCCCCGCACCUGCACAACCUCCAGCACUGCUACUGCUACUGCGGCGGGGCCCGGGCA